CUGACUAGCUGGAAGGGAGGAGGUCGGCUUGGCUCGGCACUCCGAGUAUAUAUUUAUAUCUGUCCUCCGAGUAGAAUUCUCUUUAUUCGAAUAAUUUUUUGUUGCCCGCACGUUGACUUUUAAACUAAUUCAUUUGAACCUUCUGAAGAUGCCACCUCGGAUAAUUUUAUUAUUUAGCGGGAAAAGGAAAUCCGGCAAAGAUUAUUUGACUGAUAAUCUGCAAAAAAUUUUAACGGACCGCUGUGAAAUUAUUAAAAUAUCUCGGCCAAUAAAAAGUCACUGGGCCAAGGAGAAAAAUUUGAAUUUGAAUGAAUUGCUCUGCGAUACUCAGUACAAAGAGCUGUACCGAUUAGACAUGAUACGCUGGAGUGAAGAUAUGAGAGAUAAAGAUUAUGGCUGCUUUUGUAGGGAGGCAUGCCAAAAUGCUGCAGAUCGGCCAAUUUGGAUAGUGAGUGAUAUCAGGCGUAAAACAGACAUAAGAUGGUUUAAAGAAACUUACGGAGACAUUAUUAGAACUAUAAGGAUUGAAGCUGAUGAAACUACCAGAGUGCUGCGCGGAUACCAGUUCCAGCCGGGUGUGGAUGAUUUCCCAUCGGAGUGUGACCUCGAUGAUUAUUACUACUGGGACCUGUUGAUAAAUAAUGGGAGAGAACGUCAGCAAUUACAAGAACAGUUAGCCAGUAUAUUAGGAUUAUUGUCACAUUUAUAGCUUAAUUUAUUUUUUAACAAUCAUGUGGGUUUGAAUGUAUGUGGUUGAUUACCCAUGCAAGAGGAGAAAAGAUUAACUGUAAUGAAUGCAUGGAUUAUUAGUAUCAUUGAGUUCCUAUAACACCAAGUGUCAAAGUUAUUUUAGGGAUCUGAAUCAUAUAAGACUAAACGAAGUGGUAAAUACUGGUGAAAGUGAGAUUACAUCUGAUGGUUGUGAUACCAUAACAUAUCAUCAUGCAUUUAAUUUCUAAAGUUUAUAAAUUUGUUAUUCCGAUUUCUGUGAUUGUAUUAGAAGUUAUCUGUUACUUUUUAAAAUAAUAAUUUAUAAGUGAUUCAAAUGUGUCAAUAUUAAGUUUUCUUAUCGUGUUGUUGUGACCUUUUUAAUAAGAUACUGAUUGUUUAUUCUGCGCGGUGAUUUGAGGAUUGAUAAAUUAAUUAGAAAAAAUGAAGCUAUAUAUUAAAUUAUUUUCAAAUAU